GCCGAAGCUGAACGUCUGAAAAAAGGUGGAGAAGAAAAGCAAAAACAAACUGAAGUAGUUGGUUUACAAAAAGAAGAAGUAGUAAAACAUCAGCUUAAAGAAGUGGAUCGGGAAGUAGCCGAUAGGCAACAACAAGCUGAUCUUCAAUUCGCAAAGGAAGAGAAGGACGAUAAGCGGAUGCACGGUGAUGCCGAAUUAGUAAAACGAGGAGAAGUGAAAACUCAUACCAUUGCGGAAACUGAAAGUUUAUAUCGAGAUAACGAAGGAGACGUAAGAGAAGAGGCGCUGAAGCAUAAAUCUAAUGAAGCUCUUGUUUCAAAGUCAGAAACGAUUCAACUUUCUGAAUCUGUUAUAGUUAAUUUAAUGGAUACAAAAGCAAGUCAAUCAGAGUUGAUCAAUUCAAAGAAGAAUGAAAUUUCGGAAAAUUCAAUAAUUUUUUUGCUUGAACCUCUAAAUAGUAUGAGAAGAACUAUUUUUGAUAUGUUGUGUAGUUUUGACACGAUGAAAUGUAUAGAUAAUGAGAGUAAAAGUUCUGUAAAAAAUUCACUUUUUAAAGAUUGCUUGAGCGAUCUACAUUACGCAAUAUCAGAAAUAGUUGAUUCAGAUAUUUCUUCAAAUAAUGAAGAAGUGAAUUUAACCAAAUUACAUAAUCUUAUUAAAGCUAUCGAACAUUUUAGCUCUUUCUUUCCUUCGCAAGUCGUUUAUGCAAAUGAAGCUUCAAAUGACUCAAAAAAUGAUGGUAAUUCAGAUCAAAAAGUAUUUUUGAAUAUUUCAUCUGCUUUAAUGAAACCCUUGCAAGAUCUUAGAGAUCAUUUAGAGUUUAUAUUGAUUGACGAUAAUGCGCUUAUAUCAGAUUCAGAAAAAUCUGAUAUAGAUAUAAGUAAAUGUUUAUCAUCAAGUCAACAAAAAAAUGAAGUCAAGAAUGAAAUAGAUGAUGUAAAAUUAGGACAAAUUGAAAUAGAAAAAGUUGAUGAAUUAAAAGAAAAACGAGUUGAAAAAUGUUCAAAUCAAAUUAAAAAUAAAUCAGAAAUAAUGGACUUGAAUGAUAAUUCUAAAGAAUCAAGUAACAAAAGCAAAAAUAGAAAAAAAAGUCUUGAUAAAAAAAAUGAUUCCAUGAAUCAUUCUAAAAAACUUUUGAAUAAUCAGAAAACGAAAACUUCUGACUCUUCAGUGCAAUUGCCGAUUGAUGAUACUCAGAUUUCUGAAAUGCUAAAUAAGAAAAAAGAUGUGUCUAUUAUUAAUCCAGUCUUGGAUAGCGAUACGGAGAUUUUAAAACAAAAUUCAUUGACACAAGAUAAAAUAUCGUCCAAUAAUUUAACAUUGGAAUCUAAAAAUGUCAGCUCUAUAAAGCGUUUCAUACGAGAAUCAAUUACUCCAUCGACAUGCUACGAGUUUACUGCGGGUACGAAAUCAAAAAAUAGAUUUAUCUCAAAGUCGAGGGAUGAUCUAUUAAAUCUCAGGUACAAUGAUGCUCCUUUUCUGUCUCCGUUGUCAGUAUCUAGUAUACCUGACUUAUAUUUGACUGGAGAAUCAUAUGACACCAAAUUAAAGUCAUGUCGUGUAAGUUCUUCAACAUAUUCCCUUGAUCAAAGAUCCAAUUCAAAUCUUAAAUCGAUGAGCUCAAAAAUGUUUGGCAGUGCAAUGAAUUUUGAUAGGCCUAGUUAUACGCCUAAAUUAAUUGCAAGGAAUGAACAUUCUCUCUCUGUAGCUGAUAGUCUAGCCUUGAGUCGUUCUCGUCGAAGAUUUGAAUCAAGAAAUGCGGCAAUUAUUUAUAACGAAAAAUCAAAAUGGGAGUCUGUCUUCAACGAUAAAUUGUCAGAUCGUGGAAGGUGUCCAUCAUUCUGUACACAAUUAACAAAUAGUACCGUAGCUGAAGGUUCUCGUUUACGGUUGAUAUGUACUACAAUUGGAAUGCCUGAACCAGAAGUAUAUUGGACGAAAAAUGGAGAUCGAAUUCGUCCUGGGGGUAGAGAAAAAAUUAAAUAUGAAAAUGGUAUUGCAACAUUAGAAAUUUCACCGGCUGAAUUAGAAGAUGCAGGUUAUUACACUUGCAUUGCAAAAAAUUUAAAAGGACAAGCAUUUACGGAAGCUACCGUCAGGAUAUAUUCUGUUUAUCAUACUUUAUCUACUGAAACUACAUCGAAUCAUUUUUUGAGAGAAAAACUGAAUCGAUCAAAUGUGAAUACUUCACUUCAGUAUGGUUCAAGAGUUCGAUCAACACCACAUCUUCCUUAUUUACACGAUGGUGAAACUUUUCGAAGUGAUGUGUAUAGCCAAACUUCAAAUCAGAUGCAUCGGUUAGAUUCAUUCACUGCCAUUAGCAAUCAAUAUAGAAGUAGAUCAACAGCGCAUAAAAUAUACGAUAAAUCCUACAAUGUUGACACAAAACUUCCCCAAGUAUCUAGUGUACUUACUGAUCAUAAAGUACCUGCUGGGGGAACUAUUGCACUGCAAGUGGAAAUCAAAGACCGAUUCAUUCCAAAUGUAACGUGGUUACGAAGUAACGGAGAAAGAAAAGAGAUAAUUUCAAGUCCUAAAGCUAAAACUUUUGUCGAAUCGAACAUUUACACGCUCGUAGUUCCAGAAGCUACAGAAUCAGAGGCUGGAACGUAUGUUUGUAGAGUUAGUAAUGCAUUUGGGCACAUCGAUACUAGCGCUACCAUUGAAGUAAUUUCUUCCAAUAAAAUUGAUGACUUUGUAAAACCUGCAAUGUUCGUUUCGCGCCCUCUUGAAAAAUUAAUGCAGGUUAUUGAAGGCGAAUCAGUAUCCAUAUCUUUUAGAAUGAGUGGAACUCCAAAACCUCGAGUUACAUGGAUGAAAGGCUUAAAAGAUAUAACAGAUGGGCCGCGUUCACACAAAGAUAUGAUUGAUGAUUAUGUUCGAUUAAGUUUGUCCAGAGUCACUUUAGAAGAUGAAGGUACUUAUUGUAUUCUCGUCAAGAAUUGCUACGGAUGUGAUCGAUUUUUCUUCACAUUAAAGCUUAAACUACGAGCAAGAUCUCUAACGCCGACCGCUGAAAAACUGAGUUUAUCAGAGCAUUUAUCCGAUAUUCACUGUAAAGAGCUCCAGUCUUAUCUAAAAAAUGUUCCUGGGCCAAUCAGUAGUGGACCUAUCGUCGUAGAUGGAGGCAGAAAUUGGCUUUCACUAACUUGGGGUAAAACUGUCCAGCGAGGACCAGCUCCAGUUAUUGCUUACCGAGUAGAUGCUUGGCAAAUGGGUGAAGAAGGCGGUGCUCGAUGGAUUGAGCUUGGAGUCACACCAAUAAAUUCCUUUGAUGCGUUUAAUCUUCGGCCGGGUGGCGAAUACAAAUUUCGAAUAACACCUAGAAAUCGUUACGGUUGGGGUGAAUCUGUUACAAUGAGUGGUUCAGCUACAGUAUGUGAUAACAUUGCCAUACCCGAGUUUACGAAAAUUCUUCCUGAUCAACUAAAAGCUUUGAUAGGUUCGACUGUUCAAUUAGAAUGUGAAGUACGAAGUGAUUCAAAGUAUAUCGUGAAGUGGUUUCGUGAAACAAUAGAAAUAGAUUCCAGCUUAGAUUAUCGAUAUACUGUACAUAAUGAAUCAAAUAAAUGUUCUCUUACUUUGAGCAACAUACAAGAAACGGAUUCAGGUAGAUACAUCUGCGAGGUUUCAAAUAAAGCUGGCCGAGUAUCAUCGUAUGGACGAGUACUAGUCGUUAGCGAUCCAAAAAUUUUGAAUGCCGAUGUUUUUUUAAAGAAAAGGUUUCAAGAUGGGUUCACGGAAUGUGGACCUCCACAGUUUACAAUGAGACUAAGAGACAGAAGAGUGCAAACUUCAUAUCCUGUACGGUUGACGUGUCAAGUCUACGGAAGCCCAGAACCAGAAGUAAUUUGGUUGAAAAAUGGACAAAGAAUUUCUCCAACACCAAUACAUUCCAUUUAUAAAGAUGAAUCACAUUUUCAUACACUUGAAAUUGCUCGCUCAAGUUCCGAUGAUUCGGGUACCUAUUCUGCGUGUGCCAAAAACAGCAGCGGUUCAGUAUCUUGCCACUGCGAAUUGGUCGUCGAUAAGGGAAUAAGAGCUUACAUUGCUCCCCAAUUUUCAUAUGGUCUAAAUGCAGAUUAUGCAGUGAAAAUUGGUAGUGAACUCAGGCUAACAGCACAAGUCGAAGCUUAUCCUAGCGUUGGUAUAGUAUGGCAUCGCGACGGUGUGCGUUUACGUCCUCGAAGAACCUCCAUUAUGACGCUAACGCAUGAUGGCACUAUUGAGUUACUUUUAACCAAGGUAACAAGCAGGGAUGCUGGAGUUUACACUUGCACAGCGACCAACGAAGUUGGUAAAGUUGAAACGUCAACAAGAGUAUCGAUUCUUGAUCCUGACGAUAAUGUAUCUUCGAAUAUGAAUAAUGUCCAGCCACAUGUUAUCAUAAAUCCUCCAGAAAAUGAUAUUCCAUACUCCAAAAAGCCUGAAUUCUUAACGAAGCCCUUGUCAAUUGAAUCAGAAGAGGGUGAAACAGUUGUAAUCCAGUGCGAAGUUGUUGGUGAUCCGAAACCUGAAGUGAUGUGGCUGCGCGAUUUCUUGAAGCCAGAGUAUUAUCGAGACGCACCUCACUUUCGAUGUAUUGGUGUGGGGCCACAAUACCUUCUGGAAAUUCCUCAUGCUAAAUUGGAAUACACCGGCACGUACUCUGUACUAGCGAAGAACAAACAUGGUGAAGCAAAGGCCGUGAUAUCCUUACAGAUUUAUGCUAAAGGGCAAGGUAAAUGUACUACAAUGGAUCAAAACCGAAUUAAAACAGGCGAUGUCAUAAGUGUCCCAAAAAUUAAAAGACCUCUAACAGAUAUUCGUUGUUGCGAUGGCGAUGCAGUUACACUAGAUUGUUCAAUUCAUGUACUCAAAGAGCUUCCGAGUAUACGAUGGGAAAAAUUUGGCAAAGCUAUUGCGUUAGAUAAGGAUUUCUCGACACAUUUUGAUGGCGAAUCAGCUAAGCUUAUCAUCAAAUAUGUUUAUCCAGAAGAUGAAGGAGAGUAUACUUGUAUUUUUAGUAAUGAGCUGGGAAAUGCAAUGACAUCUGCAUGCCUUAUUGUUGAUGUUCCAGAAGGCAAAGAAAAUACAUUGAGUCGCACUCUCGUUACAAAGCCACAAGGGCUCAGAUCGGUUAAUUCUACUCCAAUGUCAACGCCUAGGUCCACCCCAGUUAGGAGUUUAUCUCCAACAUCAAAGAGCCGCAAUCUGAAACCAUUGAUUUUGCCAAGAGCAGUAGAUAGAAUGAACCUCACAAAACGUAAACCAAAAAUAUGUCCUCCUAAAUUCUAUUCUAUACCUCAUAAUAGAGUAGUUGAAGAGGGCGAGACGGUUAGAUUUCAAUGUGCCGUAUCUGGACAUCCUCUACCUUGGUGUACCUGGGACAAAGACGGGCAACCAUUAACUAAUUCCUCAAGAGUGUCCAUUACAGAAAAGGACGACAUACGUACGGUAGAGAUUUCCGACGUUCAUUUCGAAGAUGCGGGAUUGUACCGAGUUACAUUAGAAAAUGAUGUUGGAAAGACUGAAGCGACCGCUCGUUUAGAAAUUAUUAAUCGAAAUACAUUGAUUUCACAAAGAAUAAGAACUCGCAGUACAUCUCCUCGUACUCGUCCAACUUUCAGCAAGAGCCUUAUGAAUACGGCUACCCGAAUUAAUGGAAAAAUGGAAUUACAGUGCAGUGUUCAAGGAGUGCCCAAUCCAAAUGUAUCAUGGUUUAGAAAUGGAAAAAGAAUUGAGUGUACAAAUAGAAUUAAAAAAUUAUUUGUGGAAGGUAAAGCCAAACUUCUAAUAUCAGAUAUCGAGUAUAAUGAUUCAGGCGAAUACGUAUGCGAAGCAAAUAAUUUUCUAGGUUCAAUAAGAAGCAGUUGUAAGGUUGAAGUUUUAGAUAAGGACGAUGUAUCAAAAAAAGAUCAAUUACCUCCGAAAUUUGAACAAACUUUACCGAAUGAAUCAAAAGUUAUAGAAAAUAAUUCUUAUGAACUUCAAACUCGUCUGUUAGGUACACCACCAUUUAUGAUAAAAUGGCUCAAAAACGGUCGAGAGGUUUCAGAUAACGAGUGCCAUCAAUACAUUGUUUAUGAAGACAGAAUUAUUACUUUGAGAUUUUUUAACGUUCAUCAAUCUGAUGCUGGAGAAUACACUUGUAUCGCUAAAAAUCAAUAUGGUGAAACAUUUUGCCGAGGAUUAUUAAUUGUGCAAGAUUGUAAGAAUCAUUCAUCAGACUUGACAUUUUGUUUUACAAAAAAACCUGUGCCUGCAUGCGUAGCAAAAGGAGAAACCGCCUCUUUCUGCUCCAGAAUUCAAAGUCAGCACUCUGUUGAUAUUGAUUGGAUAGUAAAUGGAAGAAGCAUACACAAUGAUCAUCGCUGCAUAAUUGAACGAGAUGGCCCAACGAGUAUAUUAAGAAUUUCUGAUGUUACGCAUCAAGAUUGUGGGGAAAUACGUUGUAUAGCUUCUAUUAAUAAAGGUCUUUACAUUAGCGCUAAUACACAGCUGCAUUUAAGACCUUCAAAUCUUCGUGAUAAUAGUUUCAAACGUUCCAGAGAUAGAUUUUCAAGUUUAACGAGAUCUACACAGAGCAGUGAACGCAAAAAAAUAGUUUUAUCGAUGCCACAUUUAAAUGUUCAUAAAAAUAAUUUGGGUGCAAAGUCGCGAGCAUCAAGUUUAGAAAAUAAAUCUAGAAAUAAUACUAGUAGCUGUCCUCGAUUUAAAAAAAUAUGGAAUGAUAAUAAGGAACUUAUUGGUCAAACAAAGAAAAGAUCGACAAGUAUAUCACCUGUUAGAAAUAAAAAUUUAGGCAAUCAAUCACUGAGAUCUUUGUCUAUCACUGGUAGAAAUAGAGAUAAUAUGAAAGAAAGUAUCAUAAAAAUUAAAGAUAAAAAUGAAGAAAUGACAUCACUAAAGAUUACACCAAACAUAAACAAAGCAAAAUUAUGUGCACCUAUUAUAAUGCCAAAAACUCAACAUGUUCUCACAAAAUUAUCGAAAAAACGUAUUGAUAAAUCUGUUAACAAGAAAAUUGAAAAUAUAGAAAAAGAAUUAGACAAUAUUCAAGCAACUGGAAAACUUCCUGCCUCAAAUAUUUAUUACAAUACAAACGAAAAUUGCAUCGUUGAUUUAAAUUAUCAUAAAAUGAAUAGUACUGAUAAUUUGAAAAAAUAUUCUUCAAACGAAAAUAACAACUUUAAAAAAGUGAAUGGGGGAAACAAAUUAUUCCCUGAUGUAAGAAAGUCCAAAAUUACGCAGUUAAAAAAACAAAAAAAAAUGAAAUCAACGAACGAAGUGCCCGCCCUUGUAUUAAUUGCACCUGAAGAUACAGUAGCUAUGAUAGGAUCUACUGCAACACUGGAAAUACGUUAUCAAGGUCGGCCUGAACCUACAGUUAUAUGGACGCGGGCAGGUCGAGAAUUAGAAAACGAUGAAAAAACAUUCGUUCAUACUGCAGAUGGUAUUUCAAGGUUGACACUUAUAAACAUCACAGCUGAUCAGGCUGGAAAAUAUGCAGUUGUAAUUGAAAACAAACGUGGUAGCGAUUGCCGAUUUACAAGUGUUGCUGUUGAAGGACCUCCUUAUCCGCCUAGCGAAGCACCAAUCGUGACACUGCAUACUCGGCGAGAAUUAGGCGUAACUAUUAGCUGGGGAUCUCCAAUUUACGACGGUGGCUGCGCAUUGACUGGAUAUACCGUUGAAUGUCGAAGCGUUGGUCAACUUCAUUGGCAAAUUAUUGCUGAGAAUUGCCAUCGCUUGAGCCACAAUACUACUGCUCUCAAGCCAGGUGCCAGUUACAUCUUUCGAGUUCGGGCCCUCAAUGUACAUGGGCCUAGUCAACCCAGUCCUGAGUCCGAGAUUUUUAAGUUACCUUUCUUUGACGUGGCUGAAAUCGAAGAUAAAUUCAGUAUGGAAGACGAUUUUGAAAGCGCGAAAGAUGUAUAUUUGGAAGACAAUAAGUUUUUCACAGAACGUUACACGUUGCACGAAGAACUAGGAAAAGGUCGCUUUGGCAUUGUUCGCAGAAUAGUUGACAACAGAAAUGAUAAGUCUUAUGCGGCUAAAAUAGUUAAAAUUAUUAAGGCUCGGGAUCGGCAACAAGUUAAAGAUGAAAUGAAAAUCAUGAAUAUACUUCGACACCCCAAGUUAUUGCGUCUCACCGCAGCUUUUGAAAGUCAAAGAGAAAUAAUAAUGGUUACCGAAUAUAUAUCUGGAGGAGAACUCUUUGAAAGAGUUGUUGCCGAUGAUUUCACGCUUACCGAGAAAGAUAGCAUAAUUUUCAUGAGGCAAAUUUGCGAUGGUGUUAAAUACAUGCACGAAAACAAUAUUGUUCACUUGGAUUUAAAGCCAGAGAAUAUUAUGUGCCAUACCAGGACGUCGCACCGGAUCAAACUCAUUGAUUUUGGCUUAGCACAGAUACUUAAACCAGGCGAAGAUACACGAGUGCACUUAGGAACUCCUGAAUUUAUUCCACCCGAAAUCAUCAAUUACGAUCCGAUCGGUUUGGAAUCCGAUAUGUGGAGCGUUGGCGUAAUUUGUUAUGUAUUACUCAGUGGAUUGUCUCCGUUCAUGGGAGACAAUAAUCACGAAACUUUUGCUAAUAUUGUAAGGGCUGAUUAUGAUUUUGACGACGAAGCCUUUGACGCUAUUUCUGAAGAUGCUAAAGAUUUUAUAAGUAAUCUUCUGCAAAAGAAAAAGGAAUUGAGAAUGUCUGCACAAACUUGUUUAAGUCAUUCUUGGUUAGCACAACAUACAGAAAAUAUGAGCAGUAUCGUACUACCAACGGAUAAAUUGAAAAAGUUCAUCAUCCGAAGAAAAUGGCAGAAAACCACCAACGCCAUUGUUGCUGUAGGACGCAUGGCAAACCUUACAGCUAAUCGACGUAGUCCUUCACAGUCACUUACGUCUAGUAAACCUGUGGGUGUUGAAAUUUCUCGAUCAGAUUCUGAAGAUAUAAAUAAACAAGUCAAUUUGGAAAAAGCAACUACUUUCGAUACAAUAACUACCUCAAUUACGGACGAAAGUUCUGAGACGAAUUCACGCCUAUUUAAAAUAAAAGAAGUAGAUAUUUACCCCAAAGACAAAGAAGAAUUAUUGAUAGAAAGUAAUUUAUCCGGAGAAGAAAUUACUAACAAUGAUACCAAAUGUCUGACCAUAAAUGAUAACAUUUUAGCAUCGCCAAAUUUAUCUAAUAAAAAAAAUGAUGGGGAUGCAACGAAUGUAGAAAAAGAGAAUCGAGUAUUAUUUGAUUCGGUAAACUUGCAUAGUGCUGACUUUUCAAAUAGAAACCUUGCCAAAGAAGUGUCAAAUCUAGAUAGUGUUAUAAAUUCUAGACUAUUUGAUAAAACAAACGAUUCUCAACUCAGUGAAAAUAAUUACUUCGACGAACAGAGUGAAGAAAGGAAAGAAAAAUGUUUAGAUUCUUCAGAAGAAAAAAAAUUGACCGAAAAAAAUAAGUGUAGUUUGCAACAUAAUAAGGAUAAUGACAACAAAAAAAGUUGUAUACCAUUGAAAAUAGAAAGUAAUUAUUCAUUGCUUGAAAAUCCUUUAAAGAGGCACAAUAAAAUCAGUACUAAAUUUGAAGUCAUCGCGAACAGUGAGGUUUCAAGGAUGAAUAAUUCUCCUUCAACGUAUAGUAGGAGAUUCAUACCAACAGGUAAUGUCAGUCGAACGGCUAAAAUGUUUGAACAAUUGGAUUCAGAUCACUCAGAAAAUGCCAAAACUUCACUUAACACAUCAUCCAUGACAGAAAGUAAAAUGUGUAGCGAUCGAAUCCAACAAGCCUUUGCUUUUUGGAAAAAAUAGCCUUUGACCUGUAAAAUAAUUUAACAUUUCUUAGUAAUUUAAAUUAAAGUCUGAGUAAUCUUGAACGCGAUUGUUAAGUUCAAAAAACAUUUAUCAAAUUCUCUUCGAUUUUUUAACAAUAAUAAAAAAAGUCAUUGUAAUUCUUAUGAUCCAGAGAACUAUAAAAUUAAGACAACCAUUAAAAAUGUAGGUUUUGAUUUUACAAGAAAAAAUAUUCUGUUUAAAGUAAAUGCAAUAAUAUAUAAUAAAAUUGCAUUAUUAUGUAGUCGAAAGA